CUAGAGCAUGGGUGGCCAUUGUCGUCCAACAGGAGGGGCCACUGUUGCCAACAAAGCGUAACAGUCUUUCUUCUCAAUAUUUAUCUGUAUCUAAUAUUUAUUGUCAAUACUGACUACGGAGACAGCUCCCUGUGCUUCAACAAUGCAAUAUUGGGGGUCUUUCAAAUCAUACAAAUAUAUAUUUGCAUGACAGCUUCAUUGACAUUUUUAUGACUUUCUCCUUCUUUCUUUGUACUGAUCUCAAGAGCCACUCAUAAAUCUCUCAGUAACUGCAUAGUGUCCCAGGGCCAGAGACCGGUCACUCCUGGCAUUGUGUAGAGUCAUUUAAUAUCCACGGUGGUGACUAAUGUCUGGCAACAAAGGCUCCAUUGGGUGUCAUGUGUCCUGGGACCCUGAGCGUGGGCACUCUAGGAGCACCUCAUUAUUGCUUGUUAGUACUGUGGUCAAGAGAAAAGUUGAGAAAGUGGUCAGGAGGGUGGAUCCACACGAACCCCACUGGGACAUGAGAGACCUCAUUCCUGAUCACUGUCAGUGCAACCUCAAAUCUUAAAAUCAGUUUAAAACAAAGGUAUCUACCUUUAUCUUAUGUUCAUAUCCUAGGCUUUUAAUAAUAUGUAUUUUUCACAUGUUUACAGAAAGCAAUCAACUGAGCUAUUCGUGGAAAGGUUUGUGGGUUUGGUUAAAGAAGUGGAGGAGUAUUACAUUUCAGCUGGAAACACAUCCCUAGAAUGCCAAAACAUUUAUUCCAAAGUCUGGUUUCCUGGUGCAAUCGGAGGCAUGGCAAUGCCUGUGUUCAGAGACUGGGAGCUAGGGCCAGUAAGGCAUUUGAUCCACAUGGAUCCCAGAAGGCUUUUAUUGUUAAAUUAUAUUCUUUCGGAAAAACCACCCAUGUCCUAUUUUGUAAACUUGAUAUCCAUACACUUUUGACUGGCAAUCUAUUUUAGCCGUAAGACUAUGAUUCACAGCAAGCCUGUUUUUCCUCUUGCUUGGGGUGGCAGCGGAAAGCAUAGGGCACUUUCCAGCCUCCAAGGGUAAGGGGCAAAGGUGCUGGGGUUUCUCCUCCCCAGGAAAGCUUUCUCUGGCUGUGCCACGCUGCUCCCUGUGAGCAGACAGCAAAUCUCCCCUCACUCCCCACUGCCAUUCAUCCAGCUCCGUGCAGUAGCCCAGCUGCGUGUCUGCCGGGAGGGGCUGCCAAGUGCCCUGCCUACUGGCUGCUUCCCGAAUCCCUGCCAUUCCACGCACAAACACAUCCACACACGCUCUCUGUCUAGUUCACACACUGAGCCACUCACACAUGCGAGCACAUUCCUUCCUUCCUUCUCACUGUCUCGGCCCUUGACUUCUACAAGCCCAUGGAACAUUUCUGGAAAGACGUUCUUGAUCCAGCAGGGUGGCCCGCCGGCUUCUGAGCCUUCAGCGCCGCGGGGACCGGAUCUGCGCCCUGCCGGCGGCCUCGGACCAUGACCAUGACCCUUCACACCAAAGCGUCCGGGAUGGCCCUUCUGCACCAGAUCCAGGGGAACGAGCUGGAGCCCCUGAACCGUCCGCAGCUCAAGAUCCCCCUGGAGCGGCCCCUGGGCGAGGUGUACGUGGACAGCAGCAAGCCCGCCGUGUACAACUACCCCGAGGGCGCCGCCUACGAGUUCAACGCCGCGGCCGCCGCCAACGCGCAGGUCUACGGCCAGUCGGGCCUCCCUUACGGCCCCGGGUCCGAGGCGGCAGCGUUCAGCUCCAACGGCCUGGGGGGGUUCCCCACGCUCAACAGCGUGUCUCCGAGCCAGCUGAUGCUGCUGCACCCGCCGCCGCAGCUGUCGCCCUUCCUGCAGCCCCAUGGCCAGCAGGUGCCCUACUACUUGGAGAACGAGCCCAGCGGCUACACGGUGCGCGAGGCCGGCCCGCCGGCGUUCUACAGGCCAAAUUCAGAUAAUCGUCGCCAGGGUGGCAGAGAGAGAUUGGCCAGUACCAAUGACAAGGGAAGUAUGGCUAUGGAAUCUGCCAAGGAGACUCGCUACUGUGCAGUGUGCAAUGACUAUGCUUCAGGCUACCAUUAUGGAGUCUGGUCCUGUGAGGGCUGCAAGGCCUUCUUCAAGAGAAGUAUUCAAGGACAUAACGACUACAUGUGUCCAGCUACCAACCAGUGCACCAUUGAUAAAAACCGGAGGAAGAGCUGCCAGGCCUGCCGGCUCCGAAAAUGCUACGAAGUGGGAAUGAUGAAAGGUGGGAUACGAAAAGACCGAAGAGGAGGGAGAAUGUUGAAACACAAGCGCCAGAGAGAUGAUGGGGAGGGCAGGAAUGAAGUGGGGUCCACUGGAGACAUGAGAGCUGCCAACCUUUGGCCAAGCCCGCUCAUGAUCAAACACUCUAAGAAGAACAGCCCAGCCUUGUCCCUGACGGCCGACCAGAUGGUCAGUGCCUUGUUGGAUGCUGAGCCCCCCAUAAUCUAUUCCGAGUACGAUCCUACCAGACCCUUCAGUGAGGCUUCGAUGAUGGGCUUACUGACCAACCUGGCAGACAGGGAGCUGGUUCACAUGAUCAACUGGGCAAAGAGGGUACCAGGCUUUGUGGAUUUGACCCUCCAUGAUCAGGUCCACCUUCUAGAAUGUGCCUGGCUAGAGAUCCUGAUGAUUGGUCUCGUCUGGCGCUCCAUGGAGCACCCAGGGAAACUCCUGUUUGCUCCUAACUUGCUCUUGGACAGGAACCAGGGAAAAUGUGUAGAGGGCAUGGUGGAGAUCUUUGACAUGUUGCUGGCUACAUCAUCUCGGUUCCGCAUGAUGAAUCUGCAGGGAGAGGAGUUUGUGUGCCUCAAAUCUAUUAUUUUGCUUAAUUCUGGAGUGUACACAUUUCUGUCCAGCACCCUGAAGUCUCUGGAAGAGAAGGACCAUAUCCACCGAGUCCUGGACAAGAUCACAGACACUCUGAUCCACCUGAUGGCCAAGGCAGGCCUGACCCUGCAGCAGCAGCACCGGCGGCUGGCCCAGCUCCUCCUCAUCCUCUCCCACAUCAGGCACAUGAGUAACAAAGGCAUGGAGCAUCUGUACAGCAUGAAGUGCAAGAACGUGGUGCCUCUCUAUGACCUGCUGCUGGAGAUGCUGGACGCCCACCGCCUACAUGCACCCACUAACCGCACAGGGGCGCCCAUGGAGGAGACGGACCAAAGCCACUUGGCCACCGCCAGCUCUACUUCAUCGCAUUCCUUGCAAAAGUAUUAUAUCACAGGGGAGACAGAGGGUUUCCCCACCACAAUCUGAGAGCUCACCGGUUCCCCGCAAGGUUCAGAGAACCCCUGCAGCAUUUUACCCUCAUCAUGCACCACUUUAGCCAAAUUCUGUCUCCUGCAUACACUCCAGCAUGCAUCCACCACCAACAGCUUUCUAGAUGAGUGGCCAUUCAUUUGCUUGCUCCGGUCUUAGUGGCACAUCUUUUGUCUUCUGUUGGGAACAGCCAAAGGGAUUCCAGGGCUAAAUCUUCAUAAUAGCUCUCUUUCCCCCUUUGCUAUGUUACUAAGCGUGAAGAUUCCUGUAGCUCUUCACAGCUGAACUCAGUGUAUGGGUUGGGGCUCAGAUGACUCUGCAUUUAAGCUACUUGUAGAGACCCAGGCCUGGAGAGCAGUCAUUUUGCCUCUGAAAAGCACUUUUUAAAUGGCUGUAAGAAUAAGCCACAGCAAAGAAUUUAAAGUGGCUCCUUUAAUUGGCGACUUGGAGAAAGCUAGGUCAAGAGUUUAUUUUAGCAUCCUCGUUUAUUCCUAUGGCAAUGCAUCAUUUUAUGAAAGUGGUACACCUUAAAGCUUUUAUAUAGCCGUAGCAGAGUAUCUGGUGAUUUUCAAUUCACUUCCCCUAUGGGAAUACAAGAGGCACACAGGGAAGGCAGAUACUUUAGUAGACAAGACUAUUUUAACUUGAUGCACUGCAGCUUCAGAUGUGCUGAGAGCUCUGCCACUGGCUUUCCAGUCGUGGAUUCAUUAACUCGUGCCUCCCAUGGACCUAUGGAAAGCAGCAAGUUGAUCUUAGUUAAGUCUCCCUAUAUGAGGGAUAAGUUCUUGAUUUUUUGUUUUUACUUUUGUGUUAUAAAAGGAAGCCCUCCUCCCCUAAACUUGCAGUAAAAUCAGCUUCAGGACCUGUUCUGGUGGGCGCUGUACUUGGAUCUUCCCGGCAUGUGUGUGCCUUACACAGGGGUGGACUUUUCACUGUGGUGACGCAUGAUGAGGGUAAAAGGUAGUUUAAAGGAGCAGGGGCCCCGGUGAUGCAUUUAGCCCUGGGGCAUGGAGUCAGACAGUAUGUGUGCAGGAUCGCUGUGGCUGCUAGAGAACAAGAGGGAAAGCAGGGCAGAAACUGGAUACAGUUCUGAGGCACAGCCGGACUUGCUCAGGGUGGCCCUGCCGCAGGCUGCAGCUACCUAGUAACAUUCCUUGCAGACCCUGCAUUGCCUUUUGGGGCUGCCCUGGGAUCUCUGGGGUAGUCCAGCUCUUCAUUUCCCAGCGUGGCCCUGAUUGGAAGAAGUAGCUGUCACAGCUGCCAUAGACAGCUGUGUUCCUACAAUUGGCCCAGCACCCAGGGGCAGGUGAGGAUGGUGGGGACUGUUGCUGUCACUACUCAGGCUGACUGGGUCCUGGUCAGAUUACAUCUGCCCUUGGUUGUUCAGAGCUAAUCCAAAAUCAGGGUUUGGUUUUGAGAAGAAAAUACCCCCUGUCUCCCCUCCCCAUUGCUUCCUCCCCUGCUAGCUCAUUUCCUUCAAUUUCCUUUGACCUAUAGGCUAAAAAAGAAAGGCUCAUUCCAGCCACAGGGCAGCCUUCCCUGGGCCUUUGCUUCUCUAGCACAAUUAUGGGUUCCUUCCUUUUUCUUAACAAAAAAGAAUGUUUGAUUUUCUCCGGGGUGACUGUAUUGUCUAUAAUUCAAACCCUCUGAAGAGGUGAUAUAUUUGUUAGCCAAUGACCCAGGUGAGCUGCUAGGGCUUCUCUUGGUAUGUCUUGUUUGGAAAAGUUGAUUCUAUUAGUUUCUGAUUGUCCAGUUAAGUGAUCACCAAAGGACUGAGAAUCUGGGAAGGCA